AUGAUGACAAGAAAAGUGGGCGCGGCAGGAGCCGGCGGGGAGGCGGAGGAGAUGAAGCGGAGGAACGCCGAGCUGGAGAGGGCGGUUGCGGAGGCGGCGGCGAGGGAGGAGCGGCUGCGGCGGGAGCUGGAGGCGGCCCUGGCGCGGUUGGCCGUGGCCGAGGAGGCCGAGGAGCGCCUGUGCGUGCAGCUCGGCGAGCUGGAGGCCGAGGCCGUGACGGAGGCCAUCGAGUACCAGGAGCGUGUCAGGGCGCUGUCCGAGCGCCUCGCCUUCGUCGACGGCGUGCUCAGGUCGUCCGGGAUCCGGGGCUUCGCUGCCGCCGGCGUAACGACCUCGAGGAUGGAUUGA